AGCAAUCUGAAGUCUUUCCAGAAAAUCCAAGUCCGGGUAGGGCGUGAGCUAGAGAAAAAGUUCAGUGGGAACCACGUGGUCUUUAUUGCUCAGAGGAGAAUUCUGCCUAAGCCAACUCGAAAAAGCCGUACAAAAAAUCAGCAAAAGCGUCCCAGAAGCCGCACUUUGACCGCUGUGCACGACGCGAUCCUGGAGGACUUGGUUUUCCCAAGCGAGAUUAUGGGCAAGAGAAUCCGUGCGAAACUGGACAGCAGCCGGCUCAUAAAGGUUCACUUGGAUAAAGCACAGAACAAUGUGGAACACAAGGUGGAAACCUUCUCGGGCGUCUAUAAGAAGCUCACGGGCAAGGAUGUUAACUUUGAGUUCCCAGAGUUUCAACUGUAGACAAAAUGAUUAAAUAAAACAUUGACAGAAAAAAAAAAAAAAAAAAAAAAAAAAAGAGCUCAAACCC